CAUCAUGGUAUUUGGAUUUUUACCGUAGGCAACAUGCGCGCCGGACUGUGAGAUACAGGUGAACAAUCUGUGAACGCGUCUGUUCAUUUACUGGUCGAAAGUUGGUCCAGGUUUUAAUGUUGCCAACUGAGAUUUCAGCAGGAGUGUGCUUCACCUCAAGCGAUCACAUUGAGGGAAGGAGAGAAGGGAUGAAAACAGAGGACAGCCCGCAACCCUGUCAGCAGCAGCCUCCAUCCUCAACGCCUUUCGGUCCAGAGUACAGAGGUGGGGGAGAGGUGUGUGCGGGCUGCGAGUCUCCCAUCGCAGACCGCUUCCUCCUGCGCGUGAACGAGCGCUCCUGGCACGAGACCUGCGUCAAGUGCGCCGUGUGUUUGAGCGCGCUCAGCGGGACCUGUUACUGCAGAGACCGGCUGCUGUACUGCAAACACGACUAUGAAAAGUUGUUUGUAAGGAAGUGCAGCGCUUGCCUGCAGGUGAUUGGACGUUCAGAGCUGAUAAUGCGUGUGCUAGGCCAGGUGUACCACCUUGGCUGCUUCACCUGCUGUGAGUGUGAACGCCGGCUGCAGAGAGGUGAUGAGUUUGUGCUGAAAGAAGGCCAGCUGCUCUGCCGCAUGGACUAUGAGAAGGAGAGAGAAAUGCUGGCUGCUAUUAGUCCCACACCUACUGACUCAGUGAAAAGUGAGGAUGAGGAUGGUGGAGGAGGCUCGGGAGGAGGGAAAGGUGGGGACGACAGCAAGGACCACAAGCGUUCAAAGCGACCACGCACUAUCUUGACCACACAGCAGCGGCGUGCUUUCAAGGCCUCCUUUGAAGUGUCUGCUAAGCCUUGCCGCAAGGUGAGGGAGACACUGGCUGCUGAGACUGGGCUGACAGUGCGUGUUGUGCAGGUGUGGUUUCAAAACCAGAGAGCCAAGAUGAAAAAGAUAGCUCGCAGACAGCAGCAACAGCAGCAGCAGCAGCAGGAACAAGAGCAGCUGGGAGGAACCAGGAGAGGACCAAGUAGAGGGGGCCGCCAGAGCAAUGACGACAGUGAGGAUGGCUCUAGUACCCAUGGCAUGGAUGGGAUGCUGGUAUAUCCCUCUCUGCCGCGUCAGCAGCUACUCACUCUGGAUCCCAACAUCUACGGUGGAGAGCCAUUUAGACAUGGCCUCACACCGCCUCAGCUGAACAAUGAACAGCUCCACUCCUAUGACUCAGAGACAGUGUUCCAUGACCUGGACAGCGAUGGAAGCCUUGGUCACCUUGGAGACUGCCUUUUGGCAACAGGGGACGGCAGUCUCCUGUCUGGACGGGUGGGAAACCCCAUUGACCGCCUCUACUCCAUGCAGAACUCCUACUUCACCUCCUGACCCCCAUAAACUCUCACCCUUCCCACUCCUGUUCCACCUUCACCUCAGAGAUGCAGCUAAUGGAGUCCGUCUAAAACAUGCCUGUGGGACUACAGCCUACACCCAAACACACUCUUAAGCUUUUUUCAAAGGCCAAAAUCAUCACAAGCAUAGUCAUAUCACUUGAAGAAGAUUUGCGUCAUGUUCCAACCAUCUUUCCUUGAUAAUAAUCACAUGCUGGAAAUACACUGUAAAUGUCCAAAAUGUGUAAAAAGACCUCAAUUUCUCUGGUUGUGGUAAUGUUCAAUGAAACACGUUUCAUGGCACUUUAAAAAAACAAAUACGCAUACUCAUAUGUAAAUUCUGAUUUACAGACAAAAAUUGGUUUAGUUCAAAUUACAUGUAUGUAGGAGUCUUGGCAGGCCGUAUGAGCAGCUGAGAGUCUUAAUGAAAUGAUGACAUUGCAAAAUGUUUAUUGUUUCUGACAGGAUUAUUGUGUGUGAAAGACUGCAGCGUAUACAGUACAGUAUAUGGAUUGGAGUAUCAUUUUGCUCUCAGGUUAGUGUGUAUGAAUAUUCGACCUGAGCUAUAACUCAGGAUAUUGUGCUAGGAUUACAAUUUAGUUUCCCCAGUAAAUUCAAGGAUGUACUUUGGAACGAGGACGAAACUCUAUGAAAAUGGUAAUUCCCAAAUCCAUGCUUAGUUUUUGAUAUUGCAUGACAGGUAUUAUUGACCAAAAAAAAAAGAGACAGCACUACAGGGUCAUUUGAGGAGCCUUAUGCGGAAACAGGGUUGUAUACAUGAUUAUUGCUUUAGCUUUCUCUUUUAUAAUGUAAUCACUCAGAGGCAGUGACGUUAUUGACAAGCAACACAUCUAUAAUCCCCAAAAGUAAGGACACUGAGCACAUGAUGAUGUGCUUUUAAAUGUAAAUGGAAGUAUGACUGUGUUACAAUUAAUUAUUGUGGUCAGUUUCAGUAAUCAUUUCUUUCUCAGAAAAAUUAGACGUUGUUAGGUUGAUAAUUUGUACCUUAUUCUGUGAUAAUCAGCAACUAUUUAAACUGUAGCAUGAUAUCUAUGUGUCACAAAGUAGGUCUAAAAAAAUAGCCUCCAAACUGAAGUUGGAUAGAAAGUGCAUAAAGCAUCAGGGUCAAAUUUACAAUGUGUUGCAGAAAAAAAUAGGAUUAGGUUUAUACUUGUUUCUGUUUAGGUGCCAGUGAUCGGCUACAGCUCGUUAACAUUUUUUCAUGUUUGACUCUGAUCACUGACACAUGGUAUUUUUACAGUGAUAUUUUUGUGAAUGUAAUUUAUUUGUGCGGUAUUAGGCAAGUUCCUAUCUAACUUUUUUUGUUCAGUGACUGCCAGGUGAUGUGCUUUGAAUGUAAUAUUGCCGU